AUGUUCGAAAUUACCGACACACAGAAAAUCGGAGUUGGUUUAGCUGGCUUCGGAAUAACGUUUCUGUUCCUGGGCACUCUUUUACUGUUCGAUAAAGGACUGCUGGCAAUAGGAAAUAUACUCUUCGUAUGCGGGUUAGCUUGCGUGAUUGGACUAGAACGAACUUUUCGCUUUUUCUUCCAAAAGCACAAAAUGAAGGCAUCGAUCGCAUUCUUCGGGGGUAUUGCAAUCGUACUGCUCGGCUAUCCAUUGAUCGGUAUGCUGAUCGAGAUGUACGGCUUCAUACUGCUGUUUAGUGGAUUCUUCCCGGUGGCCAUAAACUUCUUGCGUCGGGUACCAGUGCUAGGCAACAUCCUCAAUAUGCCCGGCAUUAGCAGGACCGUCGAUUGGUUGGCUGGCGAAUCGGACCGAACAACGGUAUGA